AUGGUGAAGCAAACCAUUCAGAUCUAUGCCCGGGUGAAACCCCUGGGCAGGAGGCAGCCGCCGGGGAUAUAUUCAAUUGGUGAAGAUGAGACAUCAGCAUUCAGUUUGGAGAUUAUUGUGCCACGUGAUUUGGCAGAUGGAUUUGUCAAUAAUAAACGAGAAAGCUACAAGUUCAAAUUUCAAAAAGUUUUUGAUCAAGAGUCAAAGCAAGAUGAAAUUUUUGAAGCCAUUGCCAAGCCAGUUGCAGAAUGUGCUCUGGCUGGCUACAAUGGCACGAUUUUUGCAUAUGGACAGACAGGCAGUGGCAAGACUUUUACCAUAACUGGGGGAGCAGAGCGCUACAGUGAUCGAGGCAUCAUUCCACGGACAUUAUCUUACAUUUUUCAACAGUUGCAAAAGGAUAGCAGCAAAGUAUACACAACACAUAUUUCCUACUUAGAAAUUUACAAUGAGUGUGGUUAUGAUCUCCUGGAUCCACGGCAUGAAGCCUCCAGACUAGAAGACUUGCCAAAGGUGACAAUAAUGGAAGAUACUGAACAGAACAUUCAUCUGAAACAUCUCUCCUUGCAGCAAGCAAACAAUGAGGAAGAAGCACUGAACCUUCUUUUCUUAGGUGACACAAACAGAAUGAUUGCCGAGACUCCAAUGAAUCAAGCCUCAACACGUUCACACUGCAUUUUCACAAUUCACAUCUCAAGCAAAGAACCAGGAUCUGCAACUAUUCGACGUUCCAAACUCCAUUUAGUGGAUCUGGCCGGUUCAGAGCGUGUGGGGAAAACAGGAGUUGGAGGACAACUGCUGACAGAGGCAAAAUAUAUCAAUCUUUCUUUACAUUACUUGGAACAGGUAAUCAUUGCUCUGCCAGAAAAAAACCGGUCUCAUAUUCCCUACAGGAAUUCUAUGAUGACCUCGGUGCUAAGAGAUAGUCUUGGAGGGAACUGCAUGACUACGAUGAUUGCAACACUCUCAUUAGAAAAACGAAACAUAGAUGAAUCGAUAUCAACCUGUAGAUUUGCUCAGCGUGUUGGCCUUAUUAAGAAUGAAGCAAUUCUAAAUGAAGAAAUUGACCCCCGAUUGAUGAUUGUACAACUGAAGAAGGAAAUUCAGGAGCUAAAAAAUGAAUUGGCCAUGGUGACUGGAGAACAAAGAUCAGAAGAACUCACACAGGAAGAACUGCUACAGGUAGAGGAGCAAAUUAAAAGUUUUUUGGAAGAUGUAGAUCCUGAGAGCAUGCUGGAGGUGGGAGCUGAUAUGCGAAAAAUCAAAUACUGCUUCAUCCAUUUAAAGAGAUUAGUAAAUGAGAAGCAGCUUCCUGGCAACAAUCUGCUUGCAUUAGAUGUUCCUGGAGACAAAAGUGAUAAUAGUUUAGUUGGAAAUGAAGAAUUAAAGAAGCUGAAGGAUCUUCUGCUGCAACGGGACAAUGAAAUCAAUAUCUUAGUUAAUAUGUUAAAGAAAGAAAAAAAGAAAACACAGAAUGCCCUUCUUCAAAUCGGUGCUUCAUCCAAGGAAAUCUCAGCCUCAGAAGAUCCCAUUCUUUCAAAAAAUACAGAAAAUGAGCAGAUGUUUUCUGUUGGUUUGGAAACGAGUUCUACUUUUCUUCCCAGGGGAACAGGAAUGAGAGGAGAAAUGUCACUUGGACGCCAAGAAGCAUUUGAAAUAUUCAAGAGAGAUUAUGCGGAUAGCAUAACCAUUGAAGACAAUAAGCAGCUCCUUAAACAAAGGUUUGCUGAAGCCAAAUCCUUGGGUGAAAAAGUCAAUGAAAUAAGAAAUAAAAUCAACCAUCUGAAAGGAGAGAUAACCCAACGGCAAAUGCAAAAAGCAGUCCAAGCUCUUGUGAGUCCUCAAAAAAUAAAUGAACCAGAUUCAAUAGAAGAGGCACUCCGGUUACAAAUUGAAAAGGAGAAGAUAAGUUACAAAACAAUGUUUACUCGCUUGAAAGGGCUGAAGAUAGAGAUUGAACACUUGCAGCUGCUUAUGGAGAAAGCAAAGGUGAAGUUGCAAAAAGACUUUGAAGUUUGGUGGUCUGAGGAGUCAUCAAAUUUGCAGAGCCAAGGAGAAAAGCCAGUUCUGCAUAAUUCAACCAGUGUUUCAAAGUUUCCACCAUUUUUUCCUGAGACCCAGCCGCCUCCAUCUGGUACCAGGGUUCCAAAUAACAGCAGAGCCAGCUUCAAUGAAGAGGUUCCCACAAAUAAUAGUGUUGGCACACUCGGGAACUCAACAUCAAAAGCAAGGAUUUCUCCAGUUGCAAGUUCAUCCAUCCCAUUCACAGGAGACCAUCAAAUUGAUGCUGACAUUCUAGCUUUCAUUAGAGCCAGACAGAAUCUCCUGCAAAAGAAAAGUAAGUCUUACUAA